AUGAUGAAGGAUCAAUCUGCAGCGGCAAACGAACUAGCAAUCAACAUGGAAAAUACUGAAGGACCUCGUGAUGAUGAGGAUCUUUUUGCUUACCUAUUCAAUGAGGAUGAAUAUUCAUCAACUCCAAGAAGCAACCAGCAACUAGAAGGGCCCAAGAUACCAAAGGUUCCAAGGUUGCUUCGUGAUCUUGACAAAAAUAAAGGUUGCUUUGAUCCUCAUGUGAUUUCCAUCGGUCCUUAUCACCAUGGAGAAGCUCAGCUCCAAGAAGGUGAGAAACUCAAGACUAAACUGGCGAGGCUACAUUGUAAAACUCCUUCUAAGGUUGCCGCUUUAUACAAGAAAGUCAAAGACGUGGCCAGUAAAGCAAGGGAAUUCUAUGAUAAAGAAGGAUUGAAAAAUAUUCAUGAUGAGGCAUUCACAAAAAUGAUGUUUAUUGACGGUUGCUUCAUUCUAGAGUUCAUGAUCAUGUGCUUGCCGCCGAUGGGAGAUCAAGAGGAGUAUCAUCCGAAGAAGAUGAUAACUAAUGACAUAGCUAAUGUCAAGCGAGACUUGUUCUUGUUAGAGAACCAACUCCCUUACAUUGUCCUUGAGGCUUUAAUGAAGGACAAAAAACAAUAUUGGAGGAUGAUGACUGAAAUAUUCAUCAUUAUGUGCCAUAGACUUCAUCAUGCAGUCAAACUCGAAGAUAAAUCUCCUCUUCAUCUUCUAGACACGAUAAGGGCAAGAUUUAUGAUACAAAGUGCUACUGUCCCAGGCGGAAAAUCUCAAAUAUCAGAGACCGAUAAUCAUAGAAGCAAUUCCGAUGACAGGCUCAGCCCCAACAAAACAGCUAGUGAUUGGUACUUUUAUCAUCCAGCCAGGGUGCUCAAGUCUGUCGGAAUCAAGUUCAGACCAAACAAAACAGGUAGUUUUAGCGAUGUCAAGUUUGAAUCUCAUCUACUAGUCAGGGGAGUGCUCACAUUUCCUCCAAUACGCAUAGAUGCCUCCACCAAAUCCCUGCUGCUCAACUUGUUGGCUUUUGAAUCGAGUUGCUAUAACAACUCGGCGGACAACGUGCGACAGGAUGUCAUCACAUCUUAUAUGUGCUUCAUGGACUCACUCAUUGACAAUGCUGAAGAUGUGAUGAUCCUUAGGACUCAGAAUGUCAUCAACAAUUGCUUGGGAAACGACCAACUGGUUGCAGAUCUAUUUAACGAAAUCACAAGUAAUUUGGUCCCAAACCCUCAUACUUAUGCUGAAGCUAAGCUUGGAAUUCAAAAUCAUUGCAAUAACAAGUUCAAGAAAUGGAUGGCAGACUGUCACCACAUCCAUUUCAGAAACCCUUGGACGCUUCUUGCAUUAUUUGGUUCCCUUUUAUUCAUCGAGAUCACUGCCACUCAGACUUAUCUUGAAGAAAUGGAGCUCAAACAACGAAUAAUUAAUAUGUAUGUAUGUGGAUUUAGCUCAAACAAUGAAUAA